AGCGAGCAGGAGAAGAAGAAGAAGAAGAAGAAGGAGGAGGAGACCAACAACUUGGUACUCAGGAGCCGGGAGUCCUCCUCCUGGCGCGGUGCAGUCGUCGCACUUCAGCACCGGACCGGCGUGAACUGUCUGCGGUGGAAGUGAGCCGCACGCACCGAGAGAAAGAUGCAGGCUGAGGACAUGGAGAGCUCCAUGGAGUCUCCAAACCUGGAGUUUGAGUACGGAGACACAGACUCUCUGGCUGCUGAGCUCUCAGAGCUCUACAGUUACACGGAGGAGCCAGAGUUUGCACUGAACAGAGACUACUUUGAGGAGGACUUCAGGAGCCAUGCUCGAGGCAGGAGGUGGACUGAGCUGACGCUGGAGGAGCAGCGGUCCUACGUGAUGAGGCUCCUGGACGCGCUGGAGGUGACGGACAGGGACAAGAGGCUGAAGGUGGCCAGGGCCAUCCUCUACUUGGCUCAGGGAGUGUUUGAUGAGUGUGACACGGAGGUGGACGUGCUCCACUGGUCCAGACACAAUGUCUUUCUGCUCUAUGACAUGGGCAUCUUCACGGCGCUGCUGGAGCUGCUCAGCAUGGAGAUAGAUAACAACCAGGCAUGCAGCAGUGCAGUGAGGAAGCCUGCCAUCUCUCUUGCUGACAGCACGGAGCUCAGAGUCCUACUAAGCAUCAUGUACUUGAUGGUGGAGACUAUUAGAGGUCAAACGGAGGAUGACAGACCUGAGUGGAGAACGGCGAGAGAAGCCUUCAAGAAUGAGCUAGGUUCACCGCUGUACAACGGAGAGCCCUUUGCCCUGCUCCUCUUCACCAUGGUGACCAAGUUCUGCAGCAUGAAUGCCCCGCAUUUCCCCAUGAAGAAAGUCCUACUGCUGCUCUGGAAGACGAUACUGUUCACCUUGGGGGGUUUCGAGGAGCUCCAGGAGAUGAAGGUGCGGGGCCGCGAGGGUCUGAGGCUGCCCCCGCUGACGGAGGACAGCAUCAAGGUGGUCAGGGCCAUGAGAGCGGCCUCGCCCCCGGCCUCCGCCAUGGAGCUUAUUGAACAGCAGCAGCAACAGAAGAGAGGCCGCCGCAGCCGCAGGAGUGCCUUUGUUGAUAGCUUGGAAGGAGACAGUCCCUUUACCAAGAAGCAGCCUCUGGUCAAGCAGGACAGUCUGGACACGUACAACGAGCGCGACCCUUUCAAGAAUGACGAGGAGGAGGACCCAGAGGACGCGGACAGCGGCAUCGAGGGCGAGGUGGACCCCUUGGAUCGCGAUGUCAUUAUCCAGCCCCCACCCCCGCCGCCUCCCCUCAGACCUCCCACAGAGAGAGUCAACUUUCCCAAAGGCCUUCCCUGGGCCCCUAAAGUCAGGGAGAAAGACAUUGAGCACUUCCUGGAGACCAGCAGAAACAAGUUCAUUGGGUUCACACUGGGAAAUGACACAGAUACCCUGGUGGGCUUACCCAGACCCAUCCACGAGAGUGUCAAGACUCUUAAACAGCACAAAUAUGUGUCAAUUGCUGAAGUCCAGAUCAAAAAAGAGGACGAGCUGCAACAGUGUCCAAUGAGUCUGGGCGAGGAAGAGGUGGCGGAGACGCCAACGGAGAUGCUUUACCUGGGAAUGCUUCCUAACCUGUCCCAGUACGUGAUUGCCCUCCUGAAGCUGCUGCUGGCUGCAGCUCCAACAUCCAAAGCCAAAACCGACUCCAUUAAUAUCUUGGCUGAUGUGCUGCCUGAGGAGAUGCCUAUCACAGUCCUUCAGAGCAUGAAGCUGGGAAUUGAUGUGAACCGUCACAAAGAAAUCCUCGUCAAGGCCAUCUCUGCUCUGCUGCUGCUGCUCCUCAAACACUUCAAACUCAAUCAUAUUUAUCAGUUUGAGAUUGUCUCCCAGCACCUGGUGUUUGCCAACUGUAUCCCACUCAUCCUCAAGUUCUUCAAUCAGAACAUCAUGUCCUAUAUCAGUGCCAAGAACAGCAUAUGUGUGCUGGACUUUGCUCACUGUGUGGUCCAUGAGAUGCCUGAGCUCACAGCUGAGAGCCUGGAGGCAGGAGACAGCAACCAGUUCUGUUGGAGAAACUUGUUUUCUUGUAUAAAUCUGCUGAGAAUAUUGAACAAGCUGACCAAGUGGAAACACUCCAGGACAAUGAUGUUGGUGGUGUUCAAGUCCGCCCCCAUUCUGAAGAGAGCUCUGAAGGUGAAGCAGGCCAUGAUGCAGCUCUACGUCCUCAAGCUGCUCAAGAUUCAGACCAAGUACCUGGGCCGCCAGUGGAGGAAGAGCAACAUGAAGACCAUGUCGGCCAUCUACCAGAAGGUCCGCCACAGGCUCAAUGACGACUGGGCCUAUGGAAAUGAUAUCGACGCACGGCCCUGGGACUUCCAGGCGGAGGAGUGCGCCCUGCGGGAGAGCAUCGAGAAGUUCAACAGCCGCCGCUACGACAAGAACAGGAACGGAGACUUUGCGCCCGUGGACAACUGCCUGCAGAGCGUGCUGGGCCAGCGCGUGGAGCUGCCCGAGGACUUCCACUACAGCUACGAGAUGUGGCUGGAAAGAGAGGUCUUCUCCCAGCCCAUCCAGUGGGAGGGGCUGCUGCAGCAGCCGUGAUGGAGGUGACACGCGGGGGGGUGGGGUUGGAGACGUCCACCCCCAGCCUGUUUCGGUCUCAGGGUGAGUUGAGGAGUUUGCUUUGCAGUUGUCAUCGGGGAGGAGAAAUGCGAUGGAGACGCCUUGAUGGGAGAUGGAAAAUGAAGGGUCACGUGGAGCAAAGUUGACAUACUUGGGCUGCCACACUCUGAGGUCAGCACAAAGAGAAUGCGCACACUCACGCACGCACACACGUGACACUUAACAUGUGCCAAUGACUACUGUGAACACACAUGGACGGCAUGAACAGAGGUACAAGUUGAUAAGACAGCGCUGAAGCAGGGGACUGUUUAGGCCUGUUAUACUGCCCCCCCCUCCCCUCCCAAAAAUAUCUUCACCACUUUGUCAAUUUAUAUGUCAGCCUUUUUUAAAUUUUGGUGCUUUUUUGAAUCUGCAGUAAUGUUUUCCUAUUUCUUUGUAUCUAUUCGUGUGGUUCACCUUUUUUUUAUGGAAAUGUAAAUUUACAUCAUUUCUAACCGGUUCAUCUCUCUUUUUUCACACGGUUGUAGUUUGUGGGUGAUGCGUUUGAAAGUUUUUAUUUUAUUUUGUAUUUUCUAAAAAAAGAAAAAAGAAAAAGGCCUUUUGGAAACAAAACCACAGGGUAAUUUUGAUAGUUGUUUGAAGUGUAGACGUGGGAGCAAUUUCCACUAAUGACAAAGUAAUCUCACAUAUUUUGCCGAAAAAGGAAAUGAAUAUACCAGCAGCAGGUUAGGAUUUGGCCUGGUCUGUUGGUGAACGUAAAAAGUAUAUGUGUGCAGAAAGACUAGAAUAACACGCAACAUGGGUAUGGAGGUUGCUUUGGACUUAGAACAUCUUCUGUAAGAAGCUUUAUUAAAUGUUGUCUAUUUAAAAUCUACCUUUUAUGUUGAGUCCUGGCAGAUUCCAGAUAUCUUGGAACUUUUACAACAUAACGGAACGUAAAGGCCUGUUAUGUCCCAUAGAAAAUCUCUACACAGGUGUUUGUUUUUCAGACUGCAUUCACAAUCUAGAUCUAGUGUUUCUGGGCGCAGGCCACUUCUUGAGUUAUUUUAUGGAACAAACGUGAGCAAAUCAAACCUCAGCAAUGAGAAUAAUUGGCAUUUGUGAAUCCCUGCUUCAACCAGCGGACUCAGACUAUCUACCUGCCGAGGCCACAGGGCCCCUUGGAGACGUCCUUCUUAGGUAACUUUGCCACUUUUGCUUGGAAGAACACAGCCAUCCCCAAAAGGGUGUCGUAUUUCUUAUUUUUCUUCACUGUACCUUCCCCGUUGCUUCACGUCAAACUACCUAAACUGGGCUCCAGAGUCAAGAGCCCACGAAUGUCUGAAGCUAAACCACACACAAGCAGUGAAAAAAUGAAUGCGUACACUUUUCUUUUCAUAUCAUCCUAGCUUUGUACUGAUUGUUAUCCAGUUGCCUCGAGGGGUCAGGAGCAGUCAUUUCAGCAGCCGUACUUUUGACGCUCAGUCUUGUGCUUCUCUGUGGAAAUGUGCAUGGCCACUGUUUUGCUUUGAGUACAUGUUAAGAAAUUAAAAUGUGGUCUUUAUAAUGGUUUUUUUUUUCCAAAGAAUUUUGUCAAAUGAUGUUUCCAGCACAAUUUAGAAGUGUACUUUUGUUGUCUUUCAAAGUCCAGCUUUCUGCAUUACAUGGUUGUUUUUGUCAUCUUCAGGAAGGGGACAUCAUUGAACAAAAUAUUGUAUACGGAAUGGAUUCUCAGGUUUAUUGAGAUAAUAAUAUAUUGCAAAAGUUUUACAGCUUCCUUGCCAUCAUUUAGCUCACUACCUGUAGUGAUGAAUACACAUUUAUCAUCACAUUCAUGUAGAAAAAAAAACACCUCAAGCACUGUCACCGACAUCUCGUUCAGAUGUAUUUUUUGUAUCUUUCGCCAAAUGUCAGUGCCAUUUUCUGUUUUAAUCUCAUCGUUGUUGCCUUUGUGAUCACAAGUAAGAUUCUUCAUUCAAAUCACAGCUAACGGUUUGCAAUAAAAUCGAAACAUUUUGUUUUCUACCUGAAAAUUGUACAAUUCACAGAAAAAACUGUUUGUAUUUAGUGUUUUGCCAGAAUUGUUUAGCUUUGUAUAGGUGGUAUUACAGCAUAUGUGUGUUUUUGUUACAUUUCCAUACAUGAAUAGUCUAAAUAAAUACUCUACUAAUGUUGUUCAGGGGUAUGUGAAAUUAUAUAUCCAUAUGCAUUAUGCAAUGCAAUGACAAAGUACAAUAUCAGUUGCUUAUUAAACAAUAAUGAAAAGUUCUGA